AUGUUUGCCUUCAGGGGAGAGUCAAAAAGCCUUACAUAUGCUCGAGCCCGAAAAUCGGCACCCCCCUCACCGCGGAGGCCUCUUGCUAUGAGAGCACAGAGAUGGGUUGAGAAGAGGCAGAAUCGGAUGGAAGGGCCAUCGGUUUUAGUCUCGUUGGCGCCUAAGGGGGCUAUCGACAAAGAGCCUCAUCUCCAGUAUAAGUACGAGGCUUUCAUCCCUGGAAUGGCGACUAUCAUUCUUGCUCAUCACAAGCAACUACAAGCUACUAUAACCAAAGAUCAAAACAUCAGAUUUUUAUCCUUACUCCAAGAUAACCUCAUCAGCGACACUCAUCCAAACAUCCGGCACCUCGAGACACCAUGCGGCGCGAAGCACUUGUCCGAAUGCCGGCCGGAGCUCAAAGACAAGGUGUCAGGCAGGAAUGCGCGGCUGAUGGAUGUUCCAAUGAGCCUGCUAGGUCUUCCUCCACGAGAGGACGCCUGUCAAGCUGGACCAAACAACUGUGGUGACCAAACAAGAAAGGGUGAAAAGUUCUGUGAGAAGCAUGCCUGCACAGAGGGAGGCUGCUACAAGAGGCGUCGCGACUCUGUCACCCUGUUCUGCGCAGCACAUGCCAAGGAGAACCAAUGCAGCAAGCCAGGCUGCGAAGAGAUCCGAGUUCCCGACGGCCUGCUCUGCAAGCAACACACUUGCAACGAGCCUGGGUGUCUUCUGGAAGUCUAUCCACAGGGCCAGAACGAGAAAAUGUGCUCUCAACACCAGCCCUGUGGCUUUGCAGGCUGCAGGCGCUUCACACACCUGGAUGGCAAUGGACAUCCAGAGACGUUGUGUGCCUACCACCACCUGUGCCGGGCCCCCAUCAACCCCCCCUGUGAUGGCAUAGUCGAUGGCAACAGCGAUUACUGCCCGCAGCACAAGUGCGGUGUGGUGGGAUGCAACAGAUGGCGUGACAACCGAUUGAUCCCAGAGAACCGGUGGUGUACCCCUCAUACUUGCACAACCGAGGAGUGCCAGCAAUGCAUCACCAACACGGAUGACCCAAACUCACGACACUGCGCUAUGCACACGUGCUCGUGGAUGGGCUGCUCUGGAGAGGCCCGCAUGAACAGCCGGUUCUGCUCUGAUCACGUCUGCAGGCUACACAGCUGCGAGCUUCGACGGUUGGACGGAUUCAACUUUUGCCAGAACCACGUCUGUAGCCAUAGAGGGUGUCAGAAUCCCGCCAGGCGCCCAGAAGGCGGUUGUCGCCUCCAUGAUGGUGGGUGGAACGACUUUUCUGGGAGUGACUCGGACUCUUCUCACCGCCGCAGACGGCAAAGACAAGGCCUGCCGCGACGCAAUGACCAUCGCCAAGGUCCUAGAUGGGUCAGCCCUGGUCACCGCCGGCCACGAAGAGUGGAAGAAGAAGUAGAGUACGAAGACGACGGAUACUACACGCUGAGUGGGAGGAAUUCUAGGGAUGUCAGUCCCGGACCUCGCUGGGUACGAAGGCGAGAUGGGCUUGGCCCAUUCGCUCCACAGUGGGGGUUCCAGGCGAAUGUUCCACGAGUAUUCAGGGACGCUCGGGAGGUUGAGGACAUUCAAAGGGCGAAUCAGCAGGCGGACAGGAUCAUCCAGAACCGGAAUCGUCGAUGGUUUUAG